AUGAACAAUAACUUCAGGAACAGGAACUCCUGUCGUGGAGACAGAGACGUAACUCACCGCCGAGACGCACUGCACUAUGACCCGAAAGCUUGCGUGGCCGAAGAGAAGGGCGCUUACUCCUCCCUCGGAUUAGACGACGAAAAUAUCCCCGAUCCUCGCUCCAACAUCUUUCCAGAGUACACCACGGGUCUACAAAACGCUCACUUCCCUACUGAUUCCGGUGUCACCUUGUUGGGUUGGAUCCCGAUUCCCAUCUAUGUUCGAGAUGAGCCUCGAGACGCCAGUUCCGCUAAGGGUGACUGCCACCAGCGGCAUGAAGAGAAUAACCCAUCGUUUAGCCCCCGCCGAUCGUCUUCCCAUUCGUGGCCCUUACCGAAUUGUUGCCACGCCGCAUACGAACCUAAUCCUUCCGGUGGGCAAGAAGACCCCACUAUGCCUGGCUUUAGCUCUUUUCACAGUAGCCCAGCCCCUCACGAUUUCCAUCCUGACACCACCGGACGUGGUUCUGCAUCUGUGAAUGGCACCGGGCCAAUACUAUUGGGACGUGAGUGCGCCGGGCGUUCUCGCAAAAGAGAGCUUCUGCGAAUUGCCCAACCCAAGCCCUCGCCGAAUCUGACUACCGUUAAAGAGGAAAGAGUUGAGGAGCUGGCUCCUGAGAGGCGCCAAGCUAGCGCGAGUCCCCGGUCUCCCUUCAGGGCUCUGAGCGAGACAUGGUGA